ACGUGUAAAGCUGAGCUGUGGGAAUGGGCGGUAGCAGAAUGACGCAGAUGGAUAAGAUACAGGAACCAAUGAUUGUUUUCGUUGGUGAUGAGAUCGAAGGAGCUCUGGAAUCUUGAGAUGAAUAUUCAAGCUCGAAUCGGCGGCUUAAUAUGUCCGAGAUUCUGUCUGAAGACGGACAAAUUUAUCUCUUCUUAUUCUAAGUCUGCCCUCAACAUCUUCUGCUCCAGAAGAGACCCUUCCAAUCAAAAGGACGGCGAAAGCAAUGAUCUGACAGUGCAUUCAAGAUUAGGGAGGAGGAAGGAGGAGGGACAAAGGAACUUGCUGUCACAUGUGCAAUUGCGUGUGAAAUCAGGUGACAUGGAGGUGGGGAACACUAAAGAGGAUUCCUUUCGGUAACACCUUUGGUUGUGUGCAUUGCCUUAAUGGGAAAUUGCCAAACAAUGCCAAACAAGAAGCAAAACUUUGCUAGUAUCCUGUAGUGUAGAUGCCUCCCCUUCUUCUAAAGUCUAAACCUUAUGGCAAUUAUGAGUUCCCCUAUUUAGUUUUACCUUAUCUUUUUGUUUAUGUGGGUGUAAAUUUAGUAUGUAACUGUGAUACAUGCUUGACACUUGCAUCUACAGUUACAUAUAAAGCUUAAUCUUAGGCUUAUUUGCAUAAUAAGUCUAUGCCUGUAUAAUGCAUAGAUCAAUUCUUUUGCAUGCUAGGGAAAGAAAGUUCACACUUUGACAUAAACCUAUUCUUCUGACUGUAAAACUUAGAAGUCCAUAGUUCAUCCUCUUGAACAAUUAUGGUUUAUUGUUUUUCAACCACCUCCCAUGAUUUAGCUUCAUAAUGUUGCUAUUAGACUGCUUCCUGAACCAGCAGGCUAAUUUGCUUGCAACUAUUUUUAUCUCAGGCGAUAAAUCCACAACAGACUGGGAUAAGGCCUGGUCAAACUUCAGGAAACAAGGCAAAAAGUCUUUCUUCUCACGGUUCUCCCCAAACAAAUAUGUAAGUUGGAAUCCCAGGCAAUCAAAUUAUCCAUUAUCCGAGGAGGUUGACCCCAUCAAGAGAACAGAAAGGUCGAAUCUCAGGUUAUGGACGAGUCCAGAAUUUACUCUUGGUGGGGCAAUUGUAAUAGUCACUUUUCUUUUGGUGUAUUCAAUUCUCGCACUUAAUUAAGUAAUCUAACAUUGAUAAUAUUUCUCUUAGUCAAAACAGGUAAUCUCUUGUAAAAGUAUACAACGAUUAGAAAUGAAUUGGCUAUAUAUUGGAGAUCAUAGACUUGUUAAUUUCAUUUGCAGGUAUAUUGAGAUACUAAUUGUUUUCAGUCUUUCUAUUUAAUCCAUCUCCUUAAUGAACAUUAUGCAAUGAA